CCUGGAAGCGCUGCCCCCUGUGUGAAGCCCCCGUAGCAGACUGCAGUUGGUACCUGCCGGCCUCGCAGCCGUUGGCAGCACUGACUGCGUGCCACAGCCCUGCCGCUUCAGGCGUCUGUCGCAUUUGUAGCGAGUAGUGUCCAGUGUGACGUUCUGCGUUGGGGUUUCGUGCUGCUGUUUCUGCGCCGAGAAUUUCUUCUGCUACGCCCACACCCUUAAUAAGUUCCGGAGGUUCAGAACACCACAACCGAGGCCCUGGCCGCCCUGCUAGACGGGGGUGACGGCGCCCUGGUGACGCUGGUGGCGGGCGAGACGAGGGUGGCGGCUCACAGGGCCGUGUCGGCGGCCGCGAGCCCCGUGUUCGCAGCGAUGUUCGCGCACGACAUGCCGGAGGCCAGCUGCGGCCAGGUGAGCAUCGACGACGUGGAGGGCCCGGUGCUGAAGCUCCUGGUCGCCUACACGUAUACCCUGCAGGCCCCCCAGCUGCCCGACACGGCCCACCAUUUGCUGGCAGCGGCAGAGAAGUACGGCUUGUCGGCCCUGAAGGCUGCCUGCGAGCGGCAGCUGAUCUCGCAGUUGGCCGUCGAGACCGCAGCGGCGACGGCCGUCACGGCAGUGAGGCACCCGUGCCCGGACGCCACCAGGGCUGCCGUCGCCUUCAUAAAGGACCACCUGCAGGUGAUGGCCACGCGGGGCUGGGCGGACGCUGUGCUCGAGUACCCGCAAGAAGUCAUUGAAGUCAGCAGAAUGCUCGGUGGGCCACCAGCAGAAGACAGCUCGCCGACCGCCACAGGGGGCGGGUCCACCCCCAACUCUGACCGUCAACCCCACAGCGGCCACAGCCGGACUCCUGCUGCAGCUGCACUUCCCACGUCUGCCCGACACACCCCUCCACCUGAUGACGCAGCCGUCUCUCGCUUCCGGGGCGGGGGCGGGCGGACCGCCCUGCACUGGGCUGCACGGAGUGGCCACGCGGCUGUGGUGCGGCUGCUGCUCUCUGCGGCGUCCGACCCCAACGCCAGGACUCAGUGGGGGCAGACGCCGCUGCACGUGGCGGCAUCGUGUGGCCACACACAAACUGCGGCAAAAUUGCUGCGGGCCGGAGCCGACAGGGGGGCGACGGAUGAGUGGGGGAGGACCCCCCUGGACAUCACCACGCGGCAGGACGAUCAGAAGCUCGUCGAGAUUUUAACACAGCAUUAA